GGCGGAAAUCCACCAAUGACCAAAGAAGAAGUAAAGAAGACGCGCGCUCAGCGGCUCUGCGGCUCUGUUUGAAUCACGGAAAGAACCUCUACGUGCCGUUUGUAUCCUCCUCCGGGUCGUCGCGUAACUAACGUCCGCACCGCCCGGAGGUAACGUUGUCAACAACACCGCCAGGCUGCGGUGAACUGAAGCGAGAGCGAACGUGUUUCAUGUCUGUUGCCUUCACUGGCAUGAAAAAAGAAAAUGUCGACGCUUCCGGCGCCACCACAAUGGCUCAGGGUCAUAAGUUUCAGGACCUGGAGGAGAUGGGCGAGGCGCUGCUGGAGUACGUCAACAGCACCCAAACGGACAAGCUGGCACUGAUGAAAGCCGAACAUCAAGCGCUUUUUGACCAGCACGUGGAGACGAAAAAGAUUGUGACACAGAUUUUAAAAGAAGAGGCUCAGAUCGAGGAGAGUGUGGGCCAGAGGCUGCUGGACAUGGAGGAGGAAAAGCAGCAGAGGGACCGGGAGCUGGAGGGUCUGGAACAGCAGCUCAGGCAGUGCAUGGCCAAGAGCCAGAUCACUGACUCAGAAUUACAGUUCCUGAAGGGUGAGUUGGAGAGUCUGAGAAAUGCUGAAGACCAGCUUGAGACUCUUCAGAGUGAGGUAGACGAAGACACCACAGAGGUUAUCCCCUCAGCAGUAUAUGUGGCUCAGGUGUACUACCUAAUAACCAAGAUCAAGUGGGAAUAUGAAACACCACCCAACAUCUUAAAAGGAGUGCACUAUGGGACAGACCUGGCGACUCCCAUCAACAUCGACACCACGGCACGAUCUCGGAGCAAUGUAAGCGACCAGCUGUGGGGCUUUGUCAGCACAGAGUGGUAGAUGAGAGAUGGCGGUGUUUACAUUAUAUAUUUGUUUGUCAGUUAAUGUGUUUGUCGAUUGUUUAUGUUCAGUAUGAAAUAAUAAAUAUAAAAAAAAAAUGCCUUAGACAUGGUUUAGUAGUUUAGUAGAACAUGCAUUCACCAGUGUUUUGUGGUUUCAGACUAUGCUAUGUUGCGGCUCGGUCACUAGGUGGCAUUGCUGCACUCUUUCGUGCUGAAGCAUGUUAACGUAAAUGUGUUUAAAUUCCUACAUGGUUUACUUGGAACAACGCAAACUCAGAUGAGAUUUUACAUAGAACAGGCUUUUUGUUAUCGCUCCAUACUUGUGUCACUUGAUGGCAAGAUGGCCUUCUCCAUGACAACCGCACAAACUCCCUUUGCUGAGGAAGAUGUUGAAAGCUUUAGUAGAGGCUUGUUGGUGGAUUAGUCAGAUGAUUAAGGUCUGAGGUACACUAAUGCCAUAAAAGCCUUAAGUGUCUGUUCAUUAACUCCACCAGUCGUGUACCAAACGUGUUCUCAUUAAUGGAUUAUCAAUUAACUAUUCAUUAUAUAAAUGUCAAUGUCUUUACAGGGAUACUAUUAAUAAACAUACAUUGGAUUGGA